GAGCGAGCGAGCGUCGCCAGGUAGACAGUCGGCGGCAAGAGAGCGAGUCGAACGCACGCACGAUAGUCGCUCCAGUCAGCUCCUUUCCCUCGCACGCUCGCACAUCCCUCUAAGGGGAAACAAGGGAGAGAGAAAAGAGAGACAGAGAGACCGUACUUUGCCGGACAGUGCAUUAUUAUUGCUGUGUUCUCGUGAAACUACUUUUUUUUUUUCCUGAUUAAGUAAAGGAAAGGUGUCCGUUUGAUCGUAUUUGGAGAAUUUCGAAUUGAUUUUUUGAUUUCCUCGUCGUCCGAAGAAAAGACCGGCGUCACUAUGGGUGGAGGAUCUGGAAACAAAGGAGGAUACAAGGGCGACGACGCCGAGGACAUGUGCGGGAAUACCCUGGAGCCCGAUCCUCGCUACGACUCGUGCUGCUCCAACAUCUUCCGGCCGGGGAAAGUGCUCAGGGACAUCAUCAAGGGCCUCCUGGUGGUGUUGGGCAUCGCCGUCGUCAUCGCCGUCGUGUUUGUUAUCAUCUUCUACGUCGUCCCAGGCAAGGAGGGCGAGGAGUCCGUCCUGACCCUGAAGGAGAGCGCCAUCGUAGGCGGCCCCGUCGAGCACGAAGUCCAUGGCAACGGCAUCAAUGAGGUCGAAUUUACCGACAAUACUCGAUACGACGUCGCUCCCAGCCUGGAGAAAAUCCGGGAGGAGGAGGACGUGGACAUGCAUGUCGGCCACGACCAUGAGCAUGACCAUGAGCACGACCAUGAGCACGACCAUGAGCACGCGGACCACGACCAUGAUCACGCCCACCACGACCACGCCCACCACGACCACGCCCACCACGAGCAGCCGUCCGCCGAGCCCGAGCCGGCGUCAGAGCCCGAGCCGGAGCCAGAAGCCACCCCUGAGCCCGAGGCCGAGCCCGAGCCGGCGUCAGAGCCCGAGCCCGAGCCGACGGCUGAGCCCGAGCCUAUGGGUAAGGAAGAGUCGACCCAGGGCGCCCACGAGGCCCGCCACCAUGAGCACUCGGAGGGAGAGUCGGGUCACGAGCACUUGCAUGAGGGACAUGACAUGGCCCACGGUCAUACUCACCGUCACGAUGAUAGGACUCAUGAUCUCGCUCACGCCGAAGGUGACAUGACUCAUGAUCACACUCACGAUGAAGGUGACAUGACUCAUGACCACACUCACGCCGAAGGUGACAUGACUCAUGAUCACACUCACGAUGAAGGUGACAUGACUCAUGACCACACUCACGAUGAAGGUGACAUGACUCAUGAUCACACUCACGCCGAAGGUGACAUGACUCAUGACCACACUCACGCCGAAGGUGACAUGACUCAUGACCACACUCACGAUGAAGGUGACAUGACUCAUGAUCACACUCACGCCGAAGGAGACAUGACUCAUGAUCAUAAUAGCGAAAUUGGCCAUGAACACGUGCAUGCCGAGAGGGGCCAUGACCAGACAGUCCCUACCGCCCACGAGAGUCCCGAGGCCACGCCCUCAGUCGCCGCCCCCACCGAGAAGACCAUCGUGUCCGUGACCAGCACAGGCGCCGGAACCAGGGUCGAGGUCAAGUCGUCCGAAUCCGAGGUCAGCCACGUGCCCUCGACCAGCAUGCCGCCGCUCCUCGACGUCUUGGGUCCCCAGGCCGCGUCCGCCGAGGACACGCACGGAAGUUGCCGUCCUCGCAGCCUGGAGAUGUGCAGCGACUUGCCCUACGCCCUCACUUCCCUCCCGAACUGGGCCAAUGACAAAACAGACUACGAACUUCACAACGCGUCUCUGCCGUUCUUUAGAGACGUCAUCGUGAGGUCGAGCUGUUCCCCGCGGGCCCGAGAGUACUCCUGUGCCAUCUUGGAACCCUCGUGUGAUGCCAACGGUGCCAUUAUUCCUCCGUGCCGAACCUUCUGCCGAUCUGUGGCUUCAACGUGCCAGGAAUUCGUCAUAAAAGGUUUUGGUUUGAGUGACGUGUUCAACUGCGAUAACUUCCCCGACUCGACCGACCCCGCUGUGUGCUUCGAUGCCACUCAAGAACCUUGUCUUGGUUUGGAGCACCGCUGUGGAGACGGCAAAUGUGUGGCGAAGAGGCUAGUCUGUGACGGAAUCUCGGACUGUGUUGACCAGUCAGAUGAGGCUACAUGUCCUGGCCGUCUUCCAGCUCCUGUCGGCGACGCAGCAACAGCAGCAUCGGACAACACCUUCCAGCACCUCCCCAACCCAGAGGACUUCCGAACUGGCGGGCGGGAAUUACCAUUUGAAGAUUAUACAACCUUAGACACCCCCGAUGCCGUUUUAGAAGGACAAGUCCCCCCAGCCGAUGACUAUCCUGUCUAUAACGAUUACUCUGUCACCGAGGACUACCCCGAAGGUCCUCAGGAUUACGUAACCGACAACUUCGAUUACACGGAGGUCGUUGACAGUUCCGCGGUGACUCUCCCCCCUGUGGACGAGUUCGAGGGCCGUGUUGACGCUGCGAAUGAGUCUCUGACCGUUGAUGAAGACUCAUUCCAUCAAGACUUUGUAGACAUUAACACUGAGUCUGCCCCCGCGGAAGCCUUCAUGCCGACAGAGGAGCCAAUCACGUCAGAAGCCCAGGACUUUGUUGCCGAAGGAGACUUUAUCUCUACCGACGGUCCGGUUCUGAUCUGUGACCAUGAAAAGUUCCUGUGCCAGAAUGGCUUCGACUGCGUGGACUUGGCGGCUGUUUGUGAUGGUCUCCAGCAAUGUAGUGAUGGAUCUGAUGAAGCCAAUUGUACCAGUAUCGGACUCUCCUCGUCAACAACCCCUGCCUCAGAAACCCCAGAACCCCAGACUUCCUUCCCUGGCGAAGAAGUGGCAACUACCAUUCCCGAGUACGCGACGGAGGACGCUGUGACAGAAGGGGCAGUGGAGGAGACGACGUUCUUCACAACGGCACCUGAAACCUGUCCCGAGCUGGUGUGCUUGGAUGGAACCUGUCUCGCCAUUUCUCAGCUUAAUGAUGGUGUCAAUGACUGUCCCGAUGGCACAGAUGAGCAGAACUUUUCAGAACUGAUUUCUAUCACUUAAGGCAUAGUAGGAGAGUUUGUGUGCAUACCUUAUAAAUGUUUGUAUUCCAACCGUAAUAUCAGUUGCAGCUUCCAUUCAUAGAAAUACGAAAGGUAUAGAUGUUAUUUUUUUUGCAGCAGCAGCUUCAUUAAAUUGUUGAUAAAUAUUUAACUUUUCCUAUUACGUCAAAAAUAUGUCAUUUUGAAUAGAACUGUCAAAUAUUUGGUACUUUUCUCUUAAUUGUUAAUACCGAUAUUGUGAAAGAGAUGGCCAAAUUAUUCAAUAUUCCAGUCUGUCUGGUUGUUGCCACAAUUGUUGUGAAGCCAGUCCGUCCGUACCGGUCAGUUAGUCAGUAAUUUUUCUGUAUAUGUGAAUAUCCCUUUUAACUUUUAACCUGUUUCACCCUAUAUUUUAUAUUCUUUUAAUCUUGAAUUAUCCUUUUGUAUAUAGUGUAAUUACUAAUUUUCUACUCGUUUCUGGCAUUCUUUGAAGUAUGUUCUUAACAACCACAAGGUUCGUUACUUUCCAUUUAUUCCGUCCAAUUUAUUUUUAUGACCAGAGGAGCCAAUGGCAAGGGUCUUAAAGAGGAGAGUUGUGAAAAAAAAACUUUUUUUUUAGGUUGUUCAAUACCAUUAAAAUAUUUAUUGCAUUUCUAAUUUAUAGUUUAUUUACAUUUCCAAUUUCUGUUGCAUUGAUUAUAGAUUCUGAAAGCAAGACUAUGUCCUUUUCACAAUGUCAAAAACCUUAUUAUAAAUUUAAGAGAUCUGAAAUGUGAAUUCACAUCUCUGCACCUUCAGAUGGUCAUGCAUUUUGUAACAUCUCUCUCAAGCAGCUUUCAAUAUACCUGGAAGUCCCUUGCUCAUGAAUUAAUGCACUAUCAGCUCUUAAAUGUGUUUGUGAGAAUGCAAAUUAUUGUCAGUGAUUGUGUGCAUCUGAAGAAUGUAUGUGAACUGAAUGUGUCAUUAUUAGUGUCGUAUUUUAUUACCAAUUUUCCACACAAAGUGAAUGUAGAUAUUUUGACAUGUUUAAUAGUCUCAAUCUUCCAUGCAAUCUGAAAGGUAGCUAUAUAUAUGAAUAUAUGUAUGGAUGUCUCUUUUAUUAAAUAAAAUGUUCCAUGAUGAAA